AGAAGGGCUGAGUGUGCUUUGCGGAGGGGACCUGUCUCCGUGCAGAACCCUAAUGUGGAUGGGAGCUCGCCCAGAGGGAAGUUGAGUCUUCACUAGGUACCACCUGGAAAACACAAACUGUGGGCCAGGAUGCAUCGAAUGAUGAAAGAAGAAUCAAGUUUCAGGACAAGCAGCCUGGAAAAUGUGACGCGGGACCCAGGCAAAGAAAAGCUGCACAUGAAGCUCUGCAGUGGGUCCUGCCAUGCUGAGCAAAUCCUCCAGACACUGAACUCCUACCGGCAGAGCGGCAUCUUCACAGACGUGGUGCUAUUAAUUGAUGGACAAGAAUUCCCCUGUCACCGUGCCACUUUGUCAGCCAACAGCACGUAUUUCCGGGCCAUGUUUGGUGGCAAUCUCAAGGAAGGCCACCAGGAUAUCAUCAACAUCCAGAAGAUAUCUGCUUCCACCAUGUCUCUCCUUCUUGAUUACAUGUAUGGGGGGAACAUCAUCAUUCAGGAGGACAACGUUGAAGGCAUCUUGGAACUGUCUGACUUGCUGCAGAUCUCCAAGCUCAGAGAUGCUUGUGUCACCUUCCUCGAAGGCCAGCUUCACCCAUGCAAUUGUUUGGGCAUCAUGAAGUUUGCCGAUUCAUUCUCCAUUGCGUCUCUGACAGAAAAGAGCAAGAGGUUCAUGCUGGAGUGUUUUGUGGAGGUGUCGUGUCAUGAAGAGUUCCUGGAGAUGGGUGUGAAGGAGCUGGUUGAAUAUCUGUCCGAUGAGCAGCUGGUGGUCCCCAAGGAGGAAGUGGUCUUUGAAGCAGUCAUGCGCUGGGUCCGGCAUGACAUACCUGCCAGGAAGGGAGCCUUGAAGGACCUCCUUGAGCACGUGCGUCUGCCCCUGCUCGACCCCACCUACUUUCUGGAGAAGGUGGAAAUGGAUGAACUCAUCCAGGACUCAAAGGAGUGCAUUCCUCUGCUGCACGAGGCCCGCAAGUACUACAUCCUCGGGAACGAGGUCAGCUCUUUGCGAUCAAGGCCCAGAAGGUUCAUGGAGCUGGCAGAAGUCAUCAUCAUCAUUGGGGGCUGUGAUAAGAAAGGCCUUCUCAAGCUGCCCUUCACAGACCUCUACCACCCCAAAAGCAGGCAGUGGACAGCCCUCUCCAGCGUGCCUGGCUACACCAAGUCAGAGUUUGCUGCCUGCACACUGAAGAACGAUGUGUACAUAUCAGGAGGACACAUCAGCAGCAAUGAUGUUUGGGUGCUGAGCUCCCAGCUGAACGUCUGGAUCAAGGUUGCUUGUCUGCAGAAAGGCCGAUGGAGGCACAAAAUGGCAACACUUCAGGGCAAGAUCUACGCUGUGGGAGGCUUUGAUGGUUUUUACCGCCUCUCCAGCGUGGAGUGCUAUGACACCUUCUCCAACAGCUGGUCAACCUUGGCCCCGCUGCCUCAAGCCGUGAGCUCGGCGGCUGUGGUCUCCUGCCUGAACAAGCUCUACGUGCUGGGCGGUGCUGUGGACGACACCGCUAACACUGACAAGGUCCAGUGUUACGAUCCAGAGGACAACAAAUGGACGCUCUUGUCUCCCACCCCUUUUUACCAGAGGUGCAUCAGUGCCGUCUGCUUGGACAACAUCAUUUAUGUUGUAGGUGGACUCCUCAGUAAAAUCUUCAGCUACGAUCCAAGGAAAGACAGCUGGCGGGAAGUGGCCACCCUCCCUGGGCCUCUGGAGAGCUGUGGCCUGACGGUGUGCGGAGGGAAGAUUUACAUCCUGGGUGGCCGAGACGAGAAUGGGGAAGGCACGGACAAAGCGUUCACUUUCGACCCGGUAAUGGGGAGCGUGGAGCAGCAGCCGCCGCUGCAGCGCUGUACCAGUUAUCACGGCUGCGUGACCAUCCUGCAGCGCAUGAACAGAUGACCACGGGGCUCCAGCUGCAUCCACCUCCCACCCACAGCCUCCCCUUGAGACAGUGGCCACCCAGCCUGGGGACAGAUAUCUCACCUUUGCGUGGGGAAGGGCAACACAAGCCACUGAAGAUGAUGUGCUCCAGCCAGCCCCUGAGCAGCCUCUGUUUUUGUUUUUCCUGGCUUGAUGAUGCCAUUGGCUUUGCUGCUGAUCUAGGUGAGAGGAUGAAAGGGUGCUGGGCUGUGUGAAGCUGCAUUGCAGGUCUUGCCACAGUAGGAUUCAAGUAUCCUUGCAGCCCCUGGAACUACUGAAUUUGACCUUUACUUAGGUUUUUCUGCCUGUAGAUUAUGGUUUUCUGUUAUGCUGGCAACAGAGGCUCGCUGUCCUGCAAGGACAUGUAUUUGCUGCUUUCUGACGCCCAAGACUGUUGCAGUAACAAUUACAGUUACAGGAUCCAAUUCUUUAGCUAAAGCUGUCGGGUAUUUGUGUGUUUAGGUCUGUAGAACCCUGUGUCAAACCACGGUGGUGACCUACAUGGUCAUUAACAUCCAUGAACAGUUAAUCCCAUUACAGUGGAGAGCUGAGAUUGAGACUUCAAAGCCAAUAUCCCAAGAAAAUUUCUCCACUAAAUCCCCAAAAGCCUGGUUAAAUAGUCCAAGCUCUGACUCCAUGCUGCACAUGCUAUAUGAAGGUUUAUUCCUCUAAAGCACAGAGUGUUAUCUCUUUUCAUGCAUGUUUUGUGGUUGGACUGCUGUCUCACUGUGUCUUCGUCAUUGAGAGGACAAGUGAAUCGUGUAGCCAAGAGUUCCCUCUUCAGAGAGCAGAGGUAGGGGGAAUAUUAACGUGUAGGAAUUAAGCAUGAAGACCUGAAGCAUGGUAGCCACAGAAUCACAUCUGGCUCAUUUUGGAUCUGGAGUAUGCAAGUAUUAAAAUAAACUCAGUAUUUAACAGAUUUGAUACAGAGUCCCUGGGAGCCUGAAUCUGCAGCUCAUUCGGAGAGCAAGUGUUUGAUUUCACAGACUGCGUUCCUCCAAGCCAUUUGGUCUCAGGUCUAGAAAUGAUCCUGAGCACACUUGAUUUGGUAGAAUAGCCAUAGCUUUUGGUGUCAGUGUCUUUAGUCCAUGACAGGAACUGGUAAUUUCUGAUGGCUCCAUGUAAAUGUUCAUGUUGUGCAAUUAGGGACUUAGUUGCUGCCAAAUGUAGAGUGGGGUCUCUUAAAAACUCCCAUUACUUGUACAUUGCAGGGUGCACCCCUCUACAGCAGGCUGCUGGUUGGCUGCUGUUUUCUCUGCACCUUCCUUUCCUCACCCCAAUGAUGACUUCUUCCUGAAGUAGAGGAAACGACUAUGUCCACUUGUCCAGAUACUCCCCUUUUCAGGGCCUUUUAAUUAUCUUAAACCUCCUGGUUUUGCCUGCUUCCCCCCAUAUAGCUGUUUUUUAUGUGGUCCUCUUUAGUACUUGUGUUUUCUGUCAGCUCUGAGAAGUUCACCUCUUCUUCAUGAUAAUAUCAGCCUUACCUGUAAAACAUGGCAAAAAGAAGUCCCUGCUGAAGAACCAAAAUUGGCUGUAACCAGGGCACGCUGAUCUCCUCUUCUCUUUAGGAAAUGUGUGCUCUUCCAUUGCCCAGGCGACAAGCAAGGUGUUUCAUUACGUGAAAUGUACCUUACGCUCAUCAUAGUCAAGCCUGGAAAGUCUCAGGGCUCUCAUAGCCAUUUUGUUGAUCGAGGUGCACUAUUUGAACGUUCUCAGCCUCAAAUUCUCCUUAAGGCCUGUGGGUUAGCCCUUUUAUCAGAUCAUGAGCAGCACAAUGUGUCCUUUAAGCAAUAUAAAGGAGAUUCAAUGCUGGAUAGGUUAUUCCCAUGAGGAGAGAAAAGGAAAUUCAUGCUAGUAAAAGGGAAUUUUAUUUGCAAUCAAAUUGCAUCCACAGUUGGGUCUUUAAUGGGAACGGAGAUUUCAGAAGAAACUGGAACCUUUCCUUCAGUUGGUUAAAUUGGCACAAAAGAAAGCAUGAGCACAUCACCCCACACUGUGGUAACCUUCAGGGCCAGAGUGACCUUUGUCCUCCUAUAGCCCGAUUUCCUGAGGACCACAAAUCACAGUCCAUCUCUCCUCCCCAAUUUUGCUUCUUACUGUUCCCCUGUGCCUUAAGCAAUUCACCGCUUUGGUAUGGGCACCCCUUCAAAGUGCGUUGUUUUGGACCCAGCAUCUCCACCUCGCCCUACGAUUCAUAUGGCCAAGGAGGUUCUUAACUCUCCACAGA